AGCAUGAUGUCAUGAUUGAUGACGUGCAAAGGCUGAUGGACCUGCAAUCAGAAAGCGCAGAGGCCAAGAGAAUUUCUGUACAAUCUGAAAACUAUAACCUAACAAUAUACCACCGUCACAGAGAGAUUGACGACUGGAUACGUUCUAUGGCUGCCGAAUACCCUGAUAUCGCUUCCAUCCACAACAUAGGCACGUCCCUGUUAGGGCUACCAAUGAAUGUUAUUAAGAUUUCAAAACCGACUGGACGACGGAAGCCUAUCGUAUGGAUCGAUUCUGGAAUACAUGCUAGAGAAUGGAUAUCCCCGGCCACAAACCAAUACUUCAUUCAUCAGCUGUUGACCAAGUAUGCAGAGGACUCGCAAGUUCAGAACUUUGUGGAUCAGAUUGAGUGGCACAUCUUGCCUGUCGUCAACCCAGAUGGAUAUGAAUACUCUCACACACACGAUCGGAUGUGGCGGAAAUCUCGGUCUGGGCCAAUUAAUGGCUGCUAUGGUGCGGAUGUCAAUCGAAACUUCGAUUUCAAGUGGAUGGAGAUCGGUGCCAGCAGUGAUCCCUGCUCUAGUACUUUUGCUGGCACAACGCCAGCUUCCGAGAUCGAGACGAGGAAUUUACGUGAUUACGUACUGCCUCUAGCCAACGAUAUGAAAGCUUUCAUCACUAUGCACUCGUACUCGCAGCUAUGGCUUACUCCGUGGGGCUACACCUCAGAACUACCGUCGGACUACGAUGAUUUGUAUAACCUUGCUGUGAAGGCAACAGACACUUUGACAUCGAUGUAUGGAACGGAAUACACCGUAGGAUCAGCAGCAAAUGUUCUGUAUGAAUCUUCCGGGACAUCGCGCGACUGGGCUAAGGGCGUGCCAAAGGUGAAGUACGUUUACACGGUGGAGUUACGUGAUACUGGCUACUACAGUUUUCUGCUCCCAGAAGAUCAGAUUGAACCGACGUCUGAAGAAACAUGGGAAGCUAUUAAGGUUAUCGCAAGUCAGAUCAUUUUAGAGUUUGCAUAGAAUAGUAAUUGGGGUUUGGUGAGAUUGCUUGCAUAUAUCCAAUUCCAGUGACAACCCUGGUACAUUGGGAGCAUAUAAAGGACUACUAAAUAAUAUUGACGUAUAGAUAAUGUGUUGAUUUUGGUGCGAUCGCGGGAUACAUAUCAUAGGAAAAGCUAAAGAAAUAAUAAAUAGCACGGCGUCAAUUAACUGAUGAUGGCCACUGUAUUACUAGGACGUUUUCCACUGAAUAUGAUAUAUUGUCAACUUGGCAACUUUGUCAGCUCUUCGUCGAAAUAUCUAAUGCCGUAUUAAUUUAUUUCAUUGUCAGCGAUAAAAAUAUUUCACACGUUUUAUAUACAUAAGAACUAAAACAAUGACCUAACUUCUCUAGGAAAUCGCAUUCUUGUCGCAAUGGUUUCACAUAUAUCUAAGGUAGUUGUCCCGUAAUUGGGCAUUAGUAAAUCAAUGUUCAUAACGCAGUUAAUCAUUGAAUAUAUUCUUGUUUUUUUAUGACAAAAUAA